CCUUUUAUCAAAAAUUGCACCUGCGUCUUGUGAAGGGCGCUGUGCGCCCACUAAAAGAUAUGGCUAAAAUGUAUAGCGUAAUACCGGCGGGCUUUGAGUCGGACGAUGAGGAAAUGGACUAUAUGAUGGCAUCACUGAAAAUCAAACGUCUCGAAGAUAUUACAACAGGUGCUGGCAUCAAUGGUGACUUCGAUGCAACUUUGGAUGACGAAUUUCUGCAGUUUUUUAAAGUGUUUCGAGAAAAGUGGAACAUGCACAGCAAAUGCAUAUCCCCUUAUAUGCGUCAGGAUCUGAGCAAGGCUUUAAUGCGCCACGAGAAUCCCUUGCUGAUAGCCCUCAAGAUCUUCGCUAACUGCCCGGACAGCAGCAAUGUGAAGGUAAAGAGUCUCUCGUACUUCGUACUGGACACUGUCUGCAAAUUGCAGACGGACUUGCCACAACUGAGUGAACAGUGUGAUGACAACACGAGCAUGAUUGCAUUUCAUUUUGUGAAGACAACGGGAAUGCAGUCCCUGAUAAAUGCCAUGAUUCAGACGUAUCGCAUACACCAGAUACGGGAACUUCUCGUCCCGAAGCUGCGGGAGAUGCUCGACGAUGGUUACUACAAGGAUGUGGCACAGUGGUCCAUCAAUUUACAGCUCACACAUCAGUUUGAUAUGCUCGAAUUGGCAUUUCCCUUGAUUGCCCAGGAAAAGCUGCCUUUGGCGGAACUGUACCUGGAACAGGCGACUCAUCAACGUCUGCCUUUCGUCAAGUUUCUCGACUCACUGCUGCACAAGGACAAAUCCGUUAUUGAGCUAUGCGAAGGCAUCUUGAGUCGGUACAACAAUUUGAAAGUAUCUCAUCACGUGCUGAGCUAUCGUCCCGUAUCGAAGAUUGUUGCACGUUUGGCCAAGAAAUACGGCUUUGAUGAUUCCGUAACGCCCAACUAUAAAUUCACAAAAACCUGCGGCUAUUUGCAUUAUCUGUACCGUGAAUAUGAGAAAUCACGCAUAAAUCUGGCCAGUUUUCGGGAGCUGGUUCGUGUCCAUGCCUAUAACUAUGCUUUACAGUCGGAUUUGGUCAGUUACCUGGCGGCGGCCAGUGGAUCUGGUGCCGAAAUGGAGGCUGUCUACUGGUACAAUGAAUUUAAGCUGCUGCCGGAGGAUUGUCCGCAUGAAAUCAAGUCGCUAAUCUCACAAAAUCUAAAGGAGCAGAAGGAGCAACUGAAUGAGACAGGUGGAGGUGGAGGUGGAACUGGAACAAACACAGCUGGCUGUGAUGUGUACCUGAGCAUGGAUCUGCCGAAUGAGUGCCUAAUCAUUGUGGAUACCGCAUCCAAAUUCGAUCAGAUGUUGCAGCAUUUGCAAUGUGAGGAAAUCAUCUACAUGGAUUCGGAAUGGAUGCAAAAUGUGUGCGUACAGAAUCAGCUGUGUCUAAUCCAGAUUGCCACCACGCACAAUGUGUACCUUAUUGAUUGCCUGGCCAGUUCCAGUUCCAGUGGUGAGCUCCAUGAGGAGCAUUGGCGUGCACUGGGCGCCCAAGUCUUUAAUAAUGCCAACAUCCUCAAGGUGGGCUUCUCUCUAUUAAAUGAUUUGACGGUGCUGCAGCGUUCGCUGCCGCUUCAGCUGCGUCUCCAGAUGCCGCAUCAUUAUCUGGAUCUGCGCACCGUUUGGCUGGAGCUCAAGAAGUCGAGUCGUCACGGAUUGGAGCUGCCCUUCGGUAAUCUCAAUCGUGCGGGCGAAGCGCUUUCGGAUUUAUCCAUGCUGUGUCUGGGAAAGAAACUCAACAAGGCGAAUCAGUGCUCCAAUUGGGCCAAUCGACCAUUACGUCGCGAACAGAUACUUUAUGCAGGAUUGGAUGCACGUUGCCUGUUGCUGAUCUAUCGCUGUCUGACAAGAUGCGUUCCGGAUAUCAACAUGGUUAUUGAAAAGAGCAUUGCCAGCAACAAUUUUCUCAGACGCGGCAACAAUAACGUUAAAUAAUUUACAACGAUGUGACCACAAAUCUCGGAGGCAAGGGCUUAUUUUAAACUUUAAUGUUAAAAUUAUUGAAAGCGUAAAAGUAUUUGAAUUAUAUACAAAAAUAACAAAAGAGCAUAGAACUUUAUUAAACUGUGAAUACAAA